AUGCAGGCUUGGGGAGGAAAUGGAACAGAGGCCCCAUAUGGAAACCUAAUUGAGAGGAUUUUAGGGGUUCCCCCCCACCUAGUAAUGCGGCUGCCCAUGGGGCAGCCAGUGAAAGUGCGGGGCGUCUUCGUGACUCUUAUUGAUGCAAACCACUGCCCUGGGGCUGUGAUGUUUUUGUUUGAGGGUCCGGGCGUUGGCCGCGCACUGCACUGCGGGGAUUUCCGCUACUGUCCUUCGAUGGCUCUAGAAGAGGCAGGGGGUAAAAACAAUAUUCGCUUCCUCGUUGGCACUUACACCAUCGGAAAGGAGCGCAUUGCUUUGCAUUUGGCUCGCGCCUGCCAUCUGCGCAUUUACGUGGCGCCUCAACGAAGAAGGGUUUUUAAAUGUUUGGAGUUCUCGCCAGAGGGUUUGGGGUUUGUGCUCUUCGCAGCCUUCGUAGGGACGGGAUGGGCUGCUGGUUCGAAGAAGCGGUUUGUCCGAGAGGAGAAGUGCAGCAUUCAUUUCUUGCCCUAUAGCGAGCACUCAAGUGCUGAAGAACUUAUUAAGUUUGUGCAGGCGUUGAGACCCAAAGAAGUGAUUCCCACAGUAGCAGGCCCAGGAGAAGAGGCAUACAACCGUCUUCACCGAUUUUUCAAUGUCUUAGUGAGGCAAUUAAUUUAA